CGACGUCCCAGACUACAGCGACGACCAGGACUACGUCAGCGCAGACUACAUGCCAGGUGUCAGCGGAAUCAUCAGGCGAGAGAACUUGAAAAAUAUUACGAGCUGCCUCAACGGAGACAAGACGGAGGAUAGCCCGUGCAGCUGCCACCCGUGUUGGGAAGGAGAAUUCUGUCACGUAUACGAGGACCAUUACUCGCCGCGGUUCCUCGUCCACGCUGCUACUGCCGUUGUGCCCGAGAACAUCACAGGACCAGUGUACCGGGCGUGGGCUACCGACGGUGACUUGGGCCUGACGUGUCCCUUGGGCCCCGGGGAAGCGUCGCGGUGUCCCUGCGCGGCCGUCAACUACCAACUUUUUGCAGCCCCGGGAGACCACCACUUCUACCUCCAUCAGUCCACGGGCGUUCUCAGCCGGAACCUCAGCGUGCCUCUUUACCCCGGCACGACACACAACUACAAGCUGAUGGUCCAAAGCACACCGAAGCGCGAGAGAAUCCAAGACUUGCAGUACGACAUCCUGGACCUGAAGAUCUACGUCAGCCCUGAUUACGUCACGAUCAUCCCCUGGACCUGACCCGUGGCUGAGGACGAGGAGGAAAACCAACUCGCCCGCCAUGGAUUGCUCUGAGGACAACCCUUCGACGUUCUGGGACGUGUGUGUCGCCCUUUAGGAGACAGAUCGAGAUUCCUUCGUCUCUCGUCUUAACCAUGUGAUCUCCUUUGGAUAUCUUUAGUUAUUCCUGUUUUUUUCUUCUUUUUUUUUGCCCUCCUUGUCGUCUAUACUUUCAUUCCCAAUGCCUUAUCGUUGUUUCUUUACCUCUUACGCCCACUGACUCCUCUUCCCCCAUCGCUCCCGACUGCCGUUCCUCCCCUCUGACUCCUCUUCCCUCUACGACCUCGUGAAGUGUUCUAAGUGUCUUCUUUGGAAAAAAAAAAUGUGUUUUUCGGUUUGUUCAGACGAAAAGAUGAGAUGUGCUUGGCUAAAAAAAGGGAGUAAUAAAAGUGAAAAAAAACAUGCGCGUAAAAAGAACCUCCAGUGAAUCAAAGGACCAGCUCUGAAAGGCUAGCAGAUACGAGUCGCCCUUUUCCCUUCCACAGGUAAAGGCGAUCUCUCUACAUCCGCCUUUCGAUAGCUGUAGAAAAUAUACUUUUCCUGACCAAAGACACAGAAUUUAAAAGAACAGUUAAAUCUGAUUCUCACGAACGCUUACGAAAACUGAGGAAAAGCGAAUGACACUCGUCCUUGUGUGUCAACUGUCAUGAUGUGGGUUUUCCUCUGCGAGUGCGACUGACGUUGAAAGGUCGUUGACCCCGCGGACGAGGUCCUUACGACAUCUGGGAACUCAUUUUCGGCAGUGUGUCCUGUCUUGAUUAUUUUUUACAUUUUCUUUGAUAUUUUUAUAGUCUAAAGAAAAUGGGAUCACAAAAAGCUUAACAUUUUCUAUGAAAGGAAAGGAAGAAAGAUAAACCAAUGAAAAUGAAUAACUAAAAGGAAGGAGACUCCGAAUGAUUUAGAGAAAAAUGCCUACAUCAAGAAAAAACAAACAUUUUAAAAAUGAAAGCGCUGCUGAAUGCCAGGAACAUUACGUAACUCACUUUGGCAUUUCGAAAUGACGUCAGUUCUUGCAGUCCCUGAGGCGAUGUUUUUGGAACUUAGAAAUCGGGGAAACUUUACUUUGAUAAAGAGAUCAAAACAAGAUUUUAUAUAAUAAACGUUUUUCCUCCCCGCUGUACGCCAUCGUGUAAUUCUUUUUAAAGAACAUAUAUGAAAUUUAGUUUUUUUUUUUUUUGUUUGUUGAUCUGGUAAGCAGAUACCAGUGACAUUAUCAACCGCAGUAAUUAUGUAAUCCGACUCAUACUGUAAGUCGGAAAAAAUACACCUAUUCUGAAUUACUGUCAGUGUAUCUCCCUUAUAGAAAUGGAAUAACUAUCAUGUUGUAAUCUAUCUGUAUUAUAUAAUGUAAUAGAUUAAAGAGUUCCAGAUAUUUUCGUAUGUGCUACAAUAAUGUUGAUAUUGCAGCGUCGUGCAUGUUGUAGAGAUAAUGAUGAUUAAGAAAUAUAUAAUGUAUUCAUCAUUUACGCAUUUGUUUUUGUGAGAUUAUCGUGUACUAGUUUUUAUUUUAUUAUUAUUUUUUUUCUUUUAUUUAUUAUUAAAGUUUGUCUCUUUAUGUGUGAUCACUUUUCACGUUUUCUGUUACAUGUAUGUGUUUAGGAGAGAAGGCAUUGUAAUUAAACUGCGCAACAUUAGGUUUACUAAUUGUACUACAGUCGGAAGGAUUAUGAAAAAAAGGGAAUUAUAACAAAACUGGAAAAAGUAAUGAGAGAUUAUGCAAUCAAGAGGAAGAUUAAUGAAGAAAAAAAUAGAGUUUGGGUUUUUCAUCGUUUGAGAGAAAAGAGAAUUUUGUGUAUAAUUGUGUAUAGUUGCCAAAGGUCUAAAGAUGAGCUUGUAAAUCUAACUCACCAAAAGAAACUCAGGAAAAAAUCUGAAAAAAAUACAUCUAAGUUUAGAAUAUAGCAAAUUAUUAUCGUAAGGAUUACUAUUACACUUUUUAAUAAAUUAUUUAUAUGUUAUCACACAAACACACCUAAUAGGCAAAUUUUUUAUGUCACCAUUUUGAAUGCCCAGAGUUAACAAUACGGCUUAUGU